UAGGUUCGUUGCCUCCAUUGCUUCCAUGGCAAUUCCAGUGAUUGAUUUCUCUAAGGUAAAUGGCACCGGCGAAGAGAGAGCCAAGACAAUGGCUCAGAUUGCCAAUGGAUGCGAGGAGUGGGGAUUCUUCCAGCUGGUGAACCAUGGAAUUCCAGAGGAGCUCCUAGAGAAAGUGAAGAAGGUUUGCUCUGAAUAUUUUAAAAUGGAAAGAGAGGAAAUUUUCAACUCAACGAUAGCAAAUACUUUGAAUGCUUUAGCUGAUAAGAAUAGCGGUAAGAAAUUGGAGAAUGUGGACUGGGAAGAUGUCAUCACUCUCCUUGACGAUAACGAGUGGCCAUCAAAAACCUCUGGAUUCAAGGAAACCAUGGCUGAAUAUCGUGCUGAGCUGAAGAAAUUGGCUGAGAAGGUCAUGGAAGUGAUGGAUGAGAACUUGAGCUUGCCAAAAGGAUACAUCAAGAAAGCAUUCAAUGAUGGAGAAGGAAACAGUGCCUUCUUUGGUACCAAGGUUAGCCACUACCCACCAUGUCCUCAUCCUGAGCAAAUCGAUGGUCUCCGAGCCCACACCGAUGCUGGGGGUGUCAUCUUACUCUUCCAAGAUGAUGUGGUAGGCGGCCUUCAAAUCCUCAAAGAUGGGCAAUGGAUUGAUGUCCAGCCAAUGAAGAACACUAUUGUCAUCAAUACUGGUGAUCAGAUUGAGGUCCUUAGCAAUGGUCGAUACAAGAGUACCUGGCACCGUGUUUUGGCCACCCCAGACGGGAACAGAAGGUCGAUUGCUUCGUUCUAUAAUCCAUCACUAAAGGCCACCAUUGCCCCUGCACCGGGAUUGGUGGAAAAAGAUGACGAAGAGAUCAAUCAAACUUACCCCAAGUUCUUGUUUGGUGAUUACAUGUCUAUUUAUGCUAAGCAGAAGUUCCUUCCUAAAGAGCCAAGGUUCCAAGCUGUAAGGGCCUUGUAAAAAGGUGCAGCUUCAUAUUAAGAAGAUGAAACCUUUUCUUUAUCUUAAUUUUCCCUUUCUCGUUUAUGUUCUAGUGACCAGUUUCCCUCACGGCCGAGUACCUGUUUCCCUCACGGCCGAGUGCUUCUUUCUCUUAACUAUACAUAUGAAGAGAAAAGAAAGCCGGGUCUAUCCAUGUGUUUGCUUUAGAUUGUUGCUGUCUUUUCCUUGUAAUGUAAUGAUGAGGCUUUUACACACUGCACUUACAGAUGUUUGCUUUUUUUGUACGACAAAUAGUAUCAUAUAAACUGUACUUCUCGGUAA